AUGACGGGUUCUAGUGAAAAGGACUUUAAAGAUGAAGAAAUGAGAUCUAAAAUAAACAAUAGCCAAGUCGUAAAUAGCAAACACGUAGGCACGGAUUAUUCGUACAAACAUGAAAUUGUGUGGAGAAAUGUGAUAGUCUUCGGUAUAGUGCAUAUAUUGGGUGCCUGGGGGAUUUAUUUAUUUUUAACAGCAUCGAUAAACUGGAAAACAUGCAUAUGGAACCUUACCCUAUUGACCUUUCUCUCACAAGGAAUAACAUCCGGAGCCCAUAGAUUGUUUGCUCACAGAUGUUAUAAGGCUAAAACACCUCUCAAAGUCUUUUUAUUAUUGAUGCAAACGGCAUCAGGACAGAAUUCAUUACACGAAUGGGUACGCGACCAUCGUCUCCAUCAUCGAUAUUCUGACACAGACGCCGAUCCUCAUAACUCAUCUCGAGGAUUCUUCUUCUCGCAUGUAGGAUGGAUUCUUACGAGGAAGCAUCCUUAUGUCAAGGAGUUUGGAAAAAGAACUGAUAUGAGCGAUUUGGAAGCUGAUUGGAUGGUCAUGUUUCAAAAAAAAUACUACGUAUAUUUGUAUAUUAUAACAGCUAUAUUGAUUCCAGUUAUGGUUCCAUAUUAUUUUGGAGAAACUCUAAAGAACUCUAUAUUAGUUUGUUAUUUUGGCCGAUAUGUCUACCAAUUGAAUUGUACGUGGCUUGUCAAUAGUGCUGCUCAUCUAUACGGCACAAGGCCUUAUGACAGGAGUAUCCAGCCAGUCGAAUCAUGGUUUGUUUCAUUCGCCACAAUGGGAGAAGGUUGGCAUAACUACCACCACGCGUUUCCGUGGGAUUACAAAGCUGCAGAACUUGUUGACUUCAUAAAUCCAUCUGCUAGAUUUAUAGAUUUCUGUGCAAAAUUGGGUUUGGCUUAUGAUUUGAAGACUGCAUCUCCAGAAAUGGUUGCAAAUCGCAUUAGGAAAGCAGGAGACGGUACUUACUUCUUAUCUGAUGAAGAAUACGAAACAGCUGUGAGGGCUUUAGGCCCAAAGCACCCACUGAAUCCAACCUUCAACGUAACAUAUCCACCACCAAACGUUACUUUAAGAGAAGAAGGAUUGCCUCUGUUUGAGAAAGAUUUGAUUGAAAAUAAUUUAACGCAACGCAAAAUUGCCACAGCUUAA